AUGGUUUUUCAAAAAUGUCUCAUUAUUGGUCUACUAGUUCCUCUAACUUGUUCUAUGGUUAGUUUUUUUUUUGUUUUGCAGAAAAUUUGGAGAUUUUUGAUGAGUUAGAUAAGAAUUUUCGAGAAAAAUUGAAAAUUGUACUUUUUUGGAUAGAAAUUGGGGAAACAUUGAAAUUUCGCGCAAAAAAAUUAAUUUUAAAAAAUAUUGAAACAGCAAAAAUUUUCAAUUCAAAAAAAUCCGAAUUUUUUCAGGAAAUUUUAGAGUUAUUGUAACUUUGACAAUUGAAUUUUUAAAAAUUGAAAAAAAAUAAAAAUGACUGAAAUUUUUGUUAAUCCCAUGAUGAAGAAAAACUAUCGAACAAUUCGAAGUUAUCAAAAUUAACAAAAUUUUGAAACAGCAAAAAAUGUUCAAUUCAGAAAAAUCCUAAUUUUUAAAGGAGUUAAUGUAACUUCGACAGGUGAAUUUUGAAAAUUGAAUUUUCUUGAAAAAAUUGAAAAUAGCAAAAUAUUGAAACAGCAAAAAAUUUUCGAACAAAAAAAAAUUUGGAUUUUCACCCAGAAAAUCUACGUUUCAAAAAUUAUAUGUUCAAAAAUAUUGAAUUCAUCGAAAUUUCAGAAAAUUAUUGAAAAAUAUCAAAAUUUUGAAACAGCAACAUUUCUUCAGGGAAAUUUUAGAGUACUGUAACUUUGACAAGAGAAUUUUCUUGAAAGCAAAAAAUUUUCAAACAAAAAAAAGUUAGAUUUUCAACCUGAAAAUUUUCCAAAAAAUUUGAAUUUUUUCCCAGAAAAUAUACGUUUCAAAAAAAUUAUAUUUUUGAAACAGCAAAAUUUUUUUUUCAAAUCCAAAAAAAAAUUUGCAGGUAGUUUGGCCAGUUCUGGAUCGCUCAACAAACACAACACGAGCCGCAAUUCGACCCAAAAAUUGGUCGGAGAAAAAUUUGGGACAAUGGUGUCGCAAUUUAAGCGUUAAUCAGUGAGUUCUUCUAACUUUACCCUAAAGUUAAGGUAACUUUGAAAAAAUUCUGAAAUUUUCAGACAUACUCAAUGCCCACAAGCUUCUGCUUUUCAUCAAUUUGAUUGUUGUGGUCCUAGUGAGACGGAAUGCUGUUUUGCAAUUCAGGGAUGGGUUAGUUUUGAUUUUGAAUUUUGAAAUUUGGCGACAAAUUGCCACGUGGCAAAAAAUGUGUUAUUGUCCGAUAAGCUCAGAUUCACGAUCAGAAUAUCAAAAUACCCCCAAAAAACUUAUGAUUUUUUGAAACAGUGAUUUUUUCACGAAUUUUUUUGAAUCAGAUUAUUAUUUAGAAACGGAACUGUUUGAAAUUUGCUGAAAAAAACCUUAUGUUAAUUUUGAAACAGUGAAUUUUUUCAUACUCCAAAAAUUUUUCGGAAUUUAAAAAUUUGAACACAAUUUUGAGGUUGAGGAAUGGAAAUAAAUAUCGUAAAAUAAAUUUCACAAAAAAACAUAUAUGAAUUCUGAAACAGUGAAUUUUCCCACAUCAGAAAAUUGAACAUUUUGGCUCCGAAAAUCCCUGUGCCACGUGGCCAACAUUUUUUGCGUUUGGAAUAUAGUGAAAAUCAAAAUUAAAGAUCAGGAUGAAUGCAAAUUUUGAAACAGUGAAUUUUUUCAGCUUCAAUAAUUGUUCAAAAUUAAAUUUGAACACAAUUUUGAGCUGGAGGUAUAAAAAGAGAAAUCAAAAAAUAAGUUUCACAAAAAAACAUAGAAAUUCUGAAACAGUGAAUUUUUUCGGAAAUUCUAAUUCUAAUCCACGUGGCGAAAAAAACCACAUUGUUUCGGGUUAUAACUUUUUGAUUAAUAUUUCCCUUUGUUAGAAAAAAGUCGUUACUGAUUGAAAUUUGCUCAAAAAAAAAUUAUCUUAACUGUGAAACAGUGAAUUUUCUCCAAAAAAAUAUAGUCAAUUUUUUGCAUUUUAAUUUUGUGAAUCAAAAAACGAAAUUUCACAAAAAACAUAUAGAAUUUCUGAAAUAGUGAUUUUUUUCGAAAAUUCUAAGAAUCCACAAAUCGAAAUUGGGUUGCAUUAUAACUUUUUGAUUAAUAUAUUCCCCAGAUACGCUUGUAAGCUAUUACUGUUAUAAAUUUUCUCAAAAAACAUUAUGUUAAUUUUGAAACAGUGAAUUUUUUCAACUUCAAUAAUUUUUUAAAAUUAAAUUUGAACACAAUUUUGAGAUUGUGGAAUAAAAAGAAAUCAAAAAAUAAAUUUCACAAAAAAACUAUAGAAAUUUUGAAACAGUGAAUUUUUCCCACAUCAGAAAAUUGAACAUUUUGGCUCCGAAAAUCCCUGUGCCACGUGGUCAACUUUUUUUAUGUAUGAAAUAUAAAAGAAAUAUCAAAAAUCUGGAUGAAUGCUAAUUUUAUGUUAAUUUUGAAACAGUGAAUUUUUUUUGGAAAUUCUGAAAAUAUGAUCAAUUUUUUAGAAAUAACAAACGUAGUUAUGUAAUCAAAAACUAAAUUUCACAAAAAAACAUAUAGAAAUUUUGAAACAGUGAAUUUAUUUCGAAAAUUCUAAAAAUCCACGUGGCAAAAAAAUCCACAUUGUUUUGGAUUUUAAUUUUUUGAUUAAUGUUCAGUUUGAAUAUUGAUUGAAAUUUGCUGAAAAAAACCUUAUGUUAAUUUUGAAACAGUGCAUUUUUUCAGCUUCAAUAUUUUUUGAAAAUUAAAUUUGAAUUCAAAUUUGAGGGAUAAAAAAUCAAAAAAUAAAAUUUCACAGAAAAACAUAUAGAAAUUCUGAAACAGUGAAUUUUUUCGGAAAUUCUAAAAAUCCACGUGGCAAAAAAAUCCACAUUGUUUUGGAUUUUAAUUUUUUGAUUAAUGUUCAGUUUGAAUAUUGAUUGAAAUUUGCUGAAAAAACCUUAUGUUAAUUUUGAAACAGUGCAUUUUUUCAGCUUCAAUAUUUUUUGAAAAUUAAAUUUGAAUUCAAAUUUGAGGGAUAAAAAAAAUCAAAAAAUAAAAUUUCACAGAAAAACAUAUAGAAAUUCUGAAACAGUGAAUUUUUUCGGAAAUUCUAAGAAUCCACGUGGCGAAAAAUCCAAAUUGUUUUGCAUUAUUUUUAUUUGGAUUUUUUCUGCCACGUGGAUUCUUAGAUAUAUCGAAAAAAAUUCACUGUUUCAGAAUUUCUAUAUGUUUUUUUUGCGAAAUUCAUUUUUUGCUGAUUUAAGUUGCCCCCCCUGAUUUAAGUUGUUACUGAUUGAAAUUUGCUCAAAAAACAUUAUGCAAAUUUUGAAACAGUGAAUUUAUUCAAAAUUAAAUUUGAACAGAAUUUUGAAAUUGUGGAAUGAAAAGAAACAUCAAAAAAUAAAUUUCACAAAAAAAACGUAUUGAAAUUCUGAAACAGUGAAUUUUUCUGAAAUUCUAAGAAUUCACGUGGCAGAAAAAAUCCGAAUUGUUUUGCGUUAUAAUGUUUUUAUUAAUAUAUUCCCCAGAUUCAACAUGAUGACUGAUUGAAAUUUGCUCAAAAAACAUUAUGCAAAUUUUGAAACAGUGAAUUAUUUCAAAGGAAAUUUUGAAAAUGUAAAUAUCUUUUUAAUACUCCAAAAAUUUUUCAAAAUUAAAUUUGAACACAAGUUUGAGGUAUGACAAAAAAAUCAAAAAAUAAAAAUUUCACAAAAAAACAUAUAGAAAUUCUGAAACAGUGAAUUUAUUUCGAAAAUUCUAAAAAUCCACAUUGUUUUGCAUUUUUUUAUUAUUAUAAUUUUCAGAUACAAGAUGACAACUGAUUGAAAUUUGCUAAAAAAAAAUUAUGUUAAUUUUGAAACAGUGAAUUUUCUCCAAAAAAAUAUAGUCAAUUUUUCGCAUUUUAAAAAUUUUAUGAAUCAAAAAAUAAAAUUUCGCAAAAAAAUUUAUAGAAAUUCUGAAACAGUGAAUUUUUCCACAUCAGAAAAUUGAUCAUUUUGGCUCCGAAAAUCGCUGUGCCACGUGGUCAACAUUUUUCUGUCAAGAAAAUAGAAGAAAUCAAAAAUCUGGAUGAAUGCAAAUUUUGAAACAGUGAAAUUUUUUCAUACUCCAAAAAUUUUUCAAAAUUUAAAAAUUUGAACACAAUUUUGAGGUUAAGGAAUGAGGAAAUAAAUCAAAAAAUAAAUUUCAUAAAAAAAAUAUUUAGAAAUUCUGAAACAGUGAAUUUUCUCCAAAAAAAAUAUAGUCAAUUUUUUGAAUUUUAAAUAUUUUGUUAAACAAAAACUAAAUUUCACAGAAAAAAACAUAUAGAAAUUCUGAAACAGUGAAUUUUUGCAGGUAAUAAUAAUUCUGACAAUCAUCGCCGCUUGCUCGACAAUAACUCUAAUCUUCACAAUUUUGCUCAAAUUGAAUCUGAUUUGUUUGCCGUCAACAAUUGAAUUAUCAAAACCGUAUCAAGGAAUUCGGGAAUAA